AUGAUGUCCAUCCUUUCAGAAGAUUUGGUAGAGGAGAUACUCUCUAGGGUUCCGGCUACAUCUCUGAAAAAAUUACGUUGUACUUGUAAACAAUGGAACUCAUUAUUCAAUGAUCAUAGAUUCUCCAAGAAGCACUUUGAAAGAGCACCAAAGGAGUUUCUUGUUCUCAUGAGGUUUACGUUUAAAGUUUAUUCAGCUAUUUUUGAUCUCAGGGGAAUUCGAAGCAAAAUUGAUCCAUCUAUAGAGGUUAAAGGUGAAUUUGGCCUACUUGGCAGCUCUCUAAUCUCUCACUGCAACGGAUUAUUGCUAUGUCGUGAGCGGACAAUGGAUUACGGUAGAAAACUCAGAGUUUAUAACCCGUGUACGGGGCAAACAAGGUCGAUUGACCUCAGAACUGAUAACAGAAAAUUCGAAUGGUUUUCUCUUGGAUACAAAAACAACAAAUCUUCUAGUGCCAGCUACAAAAUUUUGACGUUUGAUUGUUGUGCUGACAACUUUUUUGCUGAGCUUCAAAUCUAUGAGUUUAGCUCUAAUUCAUGGAGGAUUUUUGAUGAUGUCAAUCCUGAUGAUUGGCGCUUACCAUUACGUCGUCGUCGUGGCGUAUCUUUGAAGGGAAAUACAUAUUGGAUUGCUUCAGAUACAAGAAACGCAUAUCAUGGGUUUUGUUGCGAUAUCUUUUUGCUAAAAUUUGAUUUUACAGAAGAGAGAUUUCAACGUUUGUGUCUGCCGUUAAAUUGUGAUGCUUGUGACUUCAAUACUAUGGUGCUGUCUACUGUAAGGGAAGAGAAACUUGCUUUCUUAGUUCAGAGUGAAUUUGAAUCAACUAUGGAGAUAUGGUUAACCAAAAAGAUCAUAUUUGAUAUGUCCAACGACAUGUCGUGGAGAAAGUUGUUUAGAGUGGAUUUGGGUUAUAAUAUGUUUAAGAAUUCGAUGAGUUUCAUGGUGGAUGAGGAGAACAAAGUAGCAGUGUGUUGUGAUAGAGACAAAGGUGAUGAUUACAGGACCACCAGCAGAAUGUUUAUUGUUGGAGAGGAUAAAUUCAGACAAAUGGAUCUUUCUGGAGAUUCUGCAAUUCGACCAACUCCUUGGGUGUCUGAGCCAUAUUUCUUGAGUUAUGUUCCAAGUUUGAUUCAAUUUUGA